GCGCGCCGAUCGGAACGUGUACACCACAGUCGGUCGCCGUUUCAUGUUUUGUGUGUUUCUUUCGUUUAUUUUAACGCGCGCGGCAGAUUGUACUCCCGUUCUUCGCUCGCACGUGCGAAGAAGCGAGAACACGCGGCACGAAACACGAAACGCGACGCUCGCCCCUUUCGAGCGCCGCGGCCAAGCGAUCCGCGAGCUAUCCACUGACGAAUCCGCUUCUUUUCGGUUCCUCCGCUUUCCUCCGCUUUCCUCUUCAGCGUGAGAAAUCGUCGAGAUUUAAAUAGCGCGCGGGUCAAUUUCGUUUAUUGUUUUGUUAGAUCGCGGAGACAAAGGUGCGAGAAUUGUCUGUCGUUAAUCCGUGGCGUACAGUAAUUACGAAUAAUUGUAUGCCACGAAUGGCACGAAUGACGCGAUCGCGUUGACCUUCCUCGACUCGAAUGUGCCUAAUCGCGAUAGAUCACUUCCGUGGAAACACGUAGAGAAGAGGACGAGAACGAUUCAAAAAGAAGAAAAAAUUCAAAAAGGAUGAAGUCAACGUGGUCCGGGUGGAGGGCGUGCGUGGCAACUUCUUUCUUCUUGGUCCUCCUAGCAGCGGUGAGAGUCGAUGGAACGAGGCCCGAAACUGUUCUCGCGGAGGUCCUCACGAGGCCCUUCGUGCCACGAGAGUUUGCCUCCUCGGAGUGCAUCCGCGAUGGCGAGAUUUAUUUGCAGGCGCUUAAAACUUAUACACCCUGGGCACUCCAAAUGUUUGAUGCCUCAGUUAAAAUACCAUCAGGUUUGAUCACCGGCAAUUACAAACAGCUGGGUAAUUUUGAUGAAUGCCUGCGAGUGAGGAACAAACACGGAUUCAUCGGACAGGCCUGCACUGCGUCGGUGCAAUUCGAAAUUGCCGCGGACGAUGGUAUGCCACGACGGGAAUUGGACCUGGGAGAUCUGCUCGUAAACGUCGCGGUCGCGUCGAACGUGACGAAAUGGACUUCCGGCAACUCGGUCAUGUACGAAUGGAUGUUUUGCGUUCCGUCUUCCUGUAAUCAUACGGAGAUACAGGAGGCUCUCGAGCUCGCGCUCGAUCCAUUAAAAGUUGAAGGUCGGGUAGAUAUGACUAUCAAUGUUUUUAAGGAAGCGUGUCACACCGUAGAGACCGUUCAAACAACCUGGGACGUUGCCGACUGGUGUUAUAUAGCGGUACUUGCGCUGUUCGCAUUAGUCAUCGUAGCCAGCACUGGAUACGAUAUCGCAAUACAACGACAGUUAAUCACGUCAAAAUCAAAAGGCAUUUUUAUGGCGUUUUCUCUAUACAAGAAUGGAAAAGAGCUGUUGCGAACUGACAGACGUCGAGGAUCUAUCCGCUGUCUGGAUGGUUUGCGUUUUAUCAGUAUAUGUUGGAUCAUUUACGGUCAUACUUACUAUAUGGAAGCUGUCAGUGUCAAAAUGGACCUCACACAUAUUCCACAUAUGCAUCAAAAUUGGAGCAACAUGCUGGUUCUCAAUGGCAACAUUGUCACUGAUACUUUCUUUCUUCUGAGCGGACUUCUACUCGCUUACACCGAAUUGGUGAAGAAGGAACGAGCCGCCUUAAAAUGGCGUUUUGAUAUAAUAGGACUUUAUAUUCAUCGUUACGUAAGAUUAACACCGGCCUACGCAAUGAUGAUUGGUUUUUAUGCUACUCUGUUCUACAAAUUCGGCACAGGCCCGCAGUGGGAAACCACGAUCGGCUCUAACAAAAACUACUGUCGCGAGAAUUGGUGGACCAACUUGCUCUACGUUAACAAUUAUGUCAACGUACCAAACAUGUGCAUGUCCCAAUCUUGGUAUCUAUCGACCGACAUGCAGUUUGUUUGGCUGUCGCCGCUUGUUCUAUAUCCUAUGCUCAAGUUCAGGAGUCUGUUCUCAGUCAUUGUUUUGGCUGCCUGCUUAUUUCUUUCGAUUUUAGUGCCUUUCGUUACAACUUAUAGUCUUCGGUUAACGGGCACUAUGCUCUAUUACAAGGAACAGACGGACUUAUCCCAAGUUUUUCUGGAGAUCUAUAUAAAGACAUACAAUAGAUUUGGAUCUUAUGUCAUUGGAUUAGGCCUUGGAUACCUGUUAUAUAAGACUCGGUCUUGCACAGUUAAAUUAUCUUUUUGGUACGUGAUACUCGGCUGGUUGCUUGCGGUUACGGCCGGUCUUUCGGUAAUUUUCGGACCGCGUGGCAUGUACUCCGAUAAUCAUGUGUACAAUAGAGUGGAGGCGAGCUUCUAUGCCGGUUUCCACCGACAGAUCUUUGUACUCUCGGUUUCCUGGAUCAUUUUCUGUUGUAUGCACGGAUACGCAGGUCCCGUCACUUAUUUACUUUCCUGGCGUGGAUGGAUACCGCUCAGCAAACUGACCUACUGCGCUUACCUCUCUCAUUAUCUGUUCAUUCUAUCGCAUGUCGGAGCCGUUCGAACCACUGGCAAUUUGACGCAGAUGAACGUGGUACGCACGUUCUUCGCCAAUCUAGUAUUCACGAUGAUAACAUCCGCAUUGUGGAGCCUGUGCUUUGAAAUGCCUUUCAUGACCGUCGACAGUAUCCUUUCUCGGCGCAAACAAAACUUGUCAAAGCUAAAUUUGAAGGCUUAUGAUUUUACGGCAUCCGGCAAAGAGAUUUGUCAAUCGUCGGGAUCUUCGAUUACGUACAAUAUCGAUAACCGUGGAGAAUGUGGUUGUGGCGUUACUCGCUAUGAUCGUAUGAGAAUUGCUCAAGAGAAUUGCAAGAUUGGUGUAGAAUACACCAAUGACGAGACGAAAAAAAGUGUCGAUAAAAUAUAUUAUAUCAAUCCCAUCAAACGGUACGAGACGUGGUCGGCUAUGAAUUCCCAUAAUAGGAGAUCUAAUUUUGUCAACGUCGAUCUUAGUCAUCUUUUCGACAUGUAUGGACGACCAAAAGCAAGUACAAGUAAUUCAAAUGGGAAAGUAUCGGAAUCGAUCAAUAAAGAUUCUACUCAAAGAACGAAUUCAAAUCAGUCUUUGAGGGACAGUGGUUGAAAGAUCGACUGAAUUCAAUCUAGUCUAGUUAUAGUUUAUGAUUAUUAUUGAUUAUUAUGUGAAUAGUUAUUAUUUGAGAUAAAUUGCGAUAACAAAGUUUAUACAGGAUAAGUGUUUUGAAUGGGAUGCGUCCUAUUUAUAAUAAGAGAGAAUAGAAGAAGAGUGAUAUGAUAAUCAGAAUUUUAUACAAAAAAAUAAUUAGAUAAAAGAGAUUUUACACACACACACACACACACACACACACAUACGCGCGCGUGUGCACAUUAUACACAGAAGGAAGUUUCUUUUAGAAUUUAUUUUUUAAAUCAUGGUAAUCGUAAGAUACAUAGACAUGAGAUUGAAAAAUUUUACUAUAAUUUAUAAUUCUAAGAAAAAAUUCUUUCCGUGUAGAACUUAUAAUAAACUAAAAAUAUCAAUAGAUAUAUUUGUGAAAACUUUCACUAGACAGAGAAUCAAAAUUUUAGCUGUAUUUUUAAAUAGCAAUAUAUAAGAGAAUUAUUUUUUUAUUUGAUCGACUUUUUAUUUUAUUGAUAGCAAUUAUUGUGAUAAAGAGAGAGAAUAUGUUAUUUUUAAUAAAGAUUACGUAUAGUGUAGAAAAUAGUUGCACAAAGAGAAUAUGUAUACAUAAUUGUUUGAUAUGAUGAGCGUUGUUGAUUUCUCGGUACGAGCUGCAGUAUUAAUUGGGAGAGAGAGUUAAAAAAUGUAUUUUACUUUACGUCAUAAAAUCUAAGAAAUUGUUUAACAUAAUGUAGAUUUUAUAAUUAAUAUACUAUAUUCCUAUGACCGCAAAACGUAUUAUACAUUAAAAAAAAAAACAAAAAAAAACAAAAAAAAAAACAAAAACAACCUAUGUCAGUGAAAGCAGAUCUUAAUGCUUAAAUAAUAACUUUAGUUGAUUUUAUAGUAUAUACUUUUUAGUUUCCAUAAACUAUGUGCAUAUUCGCCAGUCAUGAAACGCAGCUUUUAAGUAAAUAAAAUAAAAGAAUUUGUUGUGAAAAGUAUUACCUUAGCUACGAUAAUCUGCUUAUACAGUACAGAGUUUGUAGCAACAUUGUUGCAACAAUAUUUCUGCAAACUUCUGUGGUGUAUGAGUUUCUCUACAUUCCGUGUGGAUAACACGUUCUUUAUAGUUUUUGGGCAGGAAAGAGAUUGUAUAUUAGGUGCUUAUUAGCAUCAAAGUUAUUAAAUUGAUUAGCAAUUAAAUGUCAUGAUAUUUCUUUUCUGAUUCUACUUAAAAGCUGCGUUUCAAGGCCGAUGAAUAUGCGGUGCGCAGCUCGGGCGAACUAAAAAAUACACAUAUAAAGUCGAGAAAUUAUUAUUUGAGUAUUAAGAUCAGUUUUGACCGAUGUAGUUCACUUGAUUUGAAUAUGUAUAGAUGUAUUUUUUAAAACUAUGAGUUAUAGAAAUGCAGCUUAUAUUCCUAUUAAUAAUAGAGUUAGUUUUAGACGUUUAAUAAACGUCGAAAAUUUUAAACUGAAAAAUACGUAUUAAAGCUAAGCAUUUUUUAAACAUUUAUUAAACAAAUUAUCCGCUUGAGAGUUCUCUCUUUAAUUCUUUUUCAAUUUUUUUUACCUUUAUCAAUUUGUUUUAGCGUUUUGAUUUAAAUGUAUACUUUUUUUCUUUUGAGUGCAUAAUAAUCUUAAAAAAAAAAAUUAUUUCUUUGAUUAUUUCAUGCGUAUACCGUGUAUACUUAAAUAAAAAAAUAUUAAUUGUUAUAUAAUAAUUUGCUAAUAAGAGUACAAAUUUGAAUGUUUUGAUGAAACCUGUUUAUAAAUGCCGUUUCGAAUUGAUCGCCUCUACGAAUCAGUCGAACAAUUCUGAAUUAAAGUUCAUUGUCAAUA